UGCAGCUGAAUCAAACUUAAUGUGAUAGUCUGUUUUCAUUGUAAAAUAAUAAUUUAAUUAGUGUUAAUACUGUUCAAUGGUUUGAAAAUACUAACAUAACCUUUUCUUAUUUGAAUCUCAUUACUCCUAGUGCCUAGUGGCUAUUAAACGAACAAUCUAUGGAUGGUGAUAAACACUGCUACGAUGAUGACAGACUGUACCACUCAGACCGAGGCAGCGAUGACAGCCCGCUAUUGUCACACAGGUAUGACAAAACCCGUCGGUUCUCCCCCUACGUGGUCACAAAAUACGAGGAACGCGAGAGGAGGUCCACCCUGACCAUGCUGGCCAAGUUCUUCCUGUUCUCCACAGCAAUGAUAUUGUUCUGCGUCCUUCUGUAUAUACCGGUGUAUAAUAAGGCUAAUGACCAGGUUUCUAAAGGAACAGUCGCGGGCUGGUCAAUGCAUACAAAUCGCGACACGAAAAUAUACGUGCAACCGAAUAACGUAACGACAAUACAUGCUCCUAAAAACUUAUGCGAUCAAAAGAAAAAACUUUUUUUAUUAAUAGUAGUCUGUUCGUCCACUCUGAACUUUGACCGCCGCGUAGCCAUAAGAGAAUCUUGGGGAAACUAUAGAACUUAUAUAGAAAUGUCCAAAUUAUAUCAUGCUGUUAAACAAAAGUAUAUUAACUACAAUUAUACAUAUGAUCUAUACUCAGAGAGCGAUGUAAAUAAUGUAUCUAGUGAUAGGUUGAAACGAGACAUAUCCAGCUUUAGCAGGCUAUUGCCCGAAUUGGCUAAAGCGUUGCAGGACAAUCUGGUUAAUGUGAAGACUGAAAAUGUACCUGAGAAGAGGUUUGACGAUGACGUAAUGUUGCCACAAUUCGAUAUGAAUGAGGACUUAGCUGAACAGACGGAAGCCAAUUACGAUUAUUACGAUACAAACGUUAUGAAAAUACCCCCAAAAGGUUACGAAGAUACACCAGACUUAUAUAAAGUAUUAACAAUGUUAAAAGGCAAUAAAAACUUUCGAAAAAUGAAAGAGAAAAUUCUACCAGAAAUAGUAGAUCCUGAUUAUAAGGUAGUUUUUCUUUUGGGGUUGCCAACGAAUGAUAAUGAUUCUACCAUUCAGAAUAAAAUUGAGGAGGAAUCUGAGAAAUAUGCCGAUAUUAUACAAGAAGGUUUUAUUGAUUCGUAUAAUAAUUUAACUUUGAAGUCUAUUAUGAUGUUGAAGUGGAUUAAUAAUAAUUGCAAUAAUAGUGUCCGCUACAUAUUAAAAACAGACGAUGAUAUGUAUAUAAAUGUGCCAAAUUUAAUAGACAACUUACGAAACAGAUCUAAAAAAUUCGAUGCCAUGACACAAGGCCAUAAUACGAAAGAAUAUAUGCUUAUUGGAGACCUUAUAUGUGGAGCCAGACCUGUGCUAGAUUCUAGUAAUAAAUGGUAUAGUCCUCGAUACAUGUAUGGGGGGAGAGUGUACCCCAAAUACCUGUCGGGUACCGGGUAUGCUCUGUCGGCUGACACCGCGAAAGCGUUGUAUGCGGCCGCCCUUAGAACCAAUUACUUCCACUUAGAAGAUAUAUUUAUUACUGGUAUGUGCGCAGCCCGCGCUCACCCGCGCGUGGUCCCGCGAGAUGACGCGACAUUCUCCUACCAGUCGGGCGCCGGCUCGCUCCGCGCCUGCGGCCCGCACGCGCGAGCCACCGCGCAUCGCGUGUCGCCGGAGCAAAUGAGGGCCCUAACUGAUAUGCUGAGCAAGCCGGAUUUGCUUGAUAUGUGCGAAAGAAUGCGAUUAACAAAGAUUAAGGAAGAACACCGUAGAAUUUAUGUGUUUUAUAAGUUUUUGCGAUUGCUCGUUAGUAAUGAAUGCUAGUUGGGGGCUCUGAUAUACUAAAAAUAACUUUACUUGGCCCGAUUUUCAAUUGGCAGAUAACUUUUAUCAUUGUGAAUAUGUUUGAGUUUGAUUUAUUUCAUAGACAAAAGUUAUGAUUGAAAAUCGGGUCUUAAUGAGAUUAUUAUUUAAACCCUAAUUAAUUACAAUGUUUAAUAAUUGUAAGGGGUGAAGAGUAACUUUAAAAAGUUGCUGUAUUGCUCAAACUUAUUUAUUUUCAUAUAGUUAUUUCUGAGUAAAUCAGAGCUCUAUAAUCCACUAAAUGUAACUAUGAAAUUGUUAAAAAAAUGCCGAAUUUAGACUUACGACAUUUCGCCGUUUAUCUUGAGCUAAAAUGCUAGAAAUGUAUUCAAGAUGAAAAGAAAUUCGUAUGUUGCAAUAUGUUUUCCUGCUACUGGCUUCUUAAAUGUUUUUAUUUACUGUGAAUAACUGAAUAGCUCGUUGCAAUAUUUCUAUAACCAGUGCACUUUUACAUUGUCUAGUCAUUUCAGAAAUAUGUCGCUAUACAUGAAAAGGCAAUAGCUAUUAAUUAAA